AUGGAGUCUGAGCUUGGGCUGAAAAGUGAAACCGGUGAUUCAUGUUCUUCAGGCGCCAAAAAAGUUCACAAGCAAUACUUAAUAAAACAAAAACAUAAUCAUCAAUUUAAAUCAAAAGAAACAUAUUUUUGUUCAAGUGGGGGUUUCAAAGACAUAAAUACUCUUUUAAAUGUUGUUUUGUGUUUAUUGUGCGGGAUCAGUGUGUCUUUCAGUGGAUAUUUUUCAUAUCGUGAAAUCCGAUUGGAAUAUCGCGUUAAUCAAUUGGAAUUGGCGCUAGCGGAAAAAUACAAUUUACCAACGGGAAAUGGUAUAGUUAUCGAAAGUUUAAAAAGUUCAUUGGAACAAAGUUAUCAAAGGAAAUUUAACGGAGGAGAAUCAUCAUCAUCAUCAUCAUUAUCAUCAUCAUCACCGACGAGAGGAAGAAAAUUGUUUGGAUUUGAAGAAAAUGAAUCCCAGAGAUUCGAUGUAAAUGUACACGAGAGACGACCUAGAGAUGCAAGUGAUUGUGUCUGCAGGCCAGGUAUUCCUGGAACCCCUGGACUUCCAGGACCUCCGGGCAAAAGAGGAAAACGUGGUAAAAAGGGAGAUGCCGGUGAACCUGGAUCAGAGGGUGCUGUUGGCCCUCCUGGGAAGAGUGGUUUUCCGCAAUGCGUUCAUGUUAAAAAUAAUGGGAUGGAUGGAGGUCCAAAGGGGGAAAAAGGUUUUAUGGGACCGAUCGGAUUGGAUGGACCCAAAGGAGAUCCGGGUCGACCUGGUGAAAAAGGACAAAAGGGAGACGUUGGAAGUCCCGGAUUCGACAUGUAUGCUGCUGGUCUGAAGAGAUCAGUAACCACAUUAAGAGGUGGAACUUUAGGCUAUGCAGAAAUAGUCGCUGUAAAGGGGCUACAAGAGCGGGGGCAUAACAUCUCUGAGCAAACCGUAAUUGCGCUUAAAGGAGAACCUGGAGAACCGGGUCCACCGGGACCACCGGGGGUUCCUGGUCCAGAAGGAUUACCAGGCCAAGAUGGAAAACCAGGUCUUCAAGGAGAACGUGGAAUUCAGGGUGAUAAAGGAAAUCCAGGAGCUCCUGGCGCUGUCGGACCUCCAGGCAUUCCUGGAAACGAAGGUCUCAAGGGAAGCAAAGGAGAUAAAGGAGAACGAGGGCUCACGACUACCCUAAACGGUGAUCAGUUUCCUACUGGGAUCAUUGAAGGACCGCCAGGACCCCCAGGUCCUCCCGGUCCCGAAGGACCGCCCGGAGAAAAAGGUGAUGCCGGACCUCAAGGACCUCCUGGAUUGCCUGGUGAAAAAGGAGCACGGGGUAAAAGAGGGAAGCGGGGUUUGAAGGGUGAAUCCGGUGAAACGGUUCAACGAGGUUUACCAGGAAUGCCUGGACCGAAAGGAGAACAAGGAACAUCCGGUCCGAAAGGUGAUAAGGGUGAUAAAGGUGAAAAUGGAAUUUCAGGUAUAUUAAUUAACAGCGGUACAUCACGUUCGAAAGGUGAGCCUGGAUUAAUUGGUUCACCGGGAAGCGAUGGAAUGAAUGGAGAACCCGGACCCCAGGGUCCACCAGGUUUACCCGGACUCUCCGGUCCCAAAGGAGAAAAAGGAGAUUAUGGAGAUAUUGGACCACCGGGUCUUAUGGGGCCACCUGGAUUACCUGGUCCUCCUGGAUAUCCGGGUCCUAAAGGUGAAAAAGGAGAUAAGGGAGAGUCGGUAAUCGGACCUCCUGGCCCUCCUGGUUCUCCGGGAAUUCCAGGUUUGCAAGGUCCUCCGGGUAUUAAGGGUGACAGAGGAAUGGACGGAGCCAAAGGUGAACCGGGCGAAAAAGGUGUUAAAGGAGAUCCUGGUCCGAUGGGUUUACCAGGACCCAUGGGUCUUAGAGGGGAGGCUGGAAAACCGGGGGAUGUAGGGAAACCUGGGUCGAUGGGAGCUCAAGGAGAACCCGGAAAUAAAGGAGAAAGAGGAGAUCCAGGUUUACCUGGAACAGAUGGAAUUCCAGGUGCAGAGGGACCGAAAGGUGAAAAAGGUUCAAAAGGAGAAUCCGGACCCAUUGGAAAAAGAGGAAGAAAAGGAGACAAAGGAGAUAAAGGAGAACAGGGAGUUCCUGGAUUGGAUGCACCUUGUCCCAUCGGUCCCGAUGGUUUACCACUGGCUGGAUGCGGAUGGAGAAAUUCAAAGAGAGAAUCCGAAGAUGCCACUAAUAGUCCUGGUAAUAAUCAACAGUCAAAUAGUUUUGAUUCCGUCAUAGAUAAUGAUUAUGAACAUGGUGACGAUGGUGGAAAUGAUUAUGAGGAUUAUCAAGAACAUAUUAAUUAUGAUAAAAAUAAUCAUAAAUAUCAUUGA